AUGAUCAAAGAUGACCCUAGCAUUAGCCGGACCCAUCUUUCAUUCGAGAUUGAUCCCUUGCCGCUACAGCACAUCAUACGGUGCAACUCUUCUUUACAAAGCGAUGCUGUUGAUUCAGAAAAUCCUAAUGGGCCUAAUUGUGACCGUACUUUGAUGAGCUUCGAUGCACAGGACGCAGCGUGUGUUACCCCAGCCUCGAUUACUCUCAUAGAUUCCUCUACCUACGGCUCAACAGCAAUUGCUCUAGUCAGCGAAACGGAUCCCAGUGGGUUAAAGGCGUCUCUAGCCACUGCUUCGCCGUUUCAAUCUGAGGAGCUUAGCGUGAUUGACUUUCUGAAGCGGAAUCGUGUUGCCGCUAACAUACCCGAUAGGGCAUCAUCGUCAGUUGCUCAUUCUAAGCCGAUGUUGGUAACACCUGACGACACGACACACGUGGUACAGGAGAAGCACCGCCUAAUAAAAGGAACCCCUUUUCGUGUUCCAUUAGAUCGCCUCAGUUGGCGUCAAUUUGCUUUAGUUCUUGGAAACCACGGUGCUACACUAGUAUUUGCCUGGGUCGAUCUCUAUGCCCUGGUAGAAAAUAUCGACGAGAAUGAGCGCACCAUGUUGGAGCGUGAACUAAAUCAUUGUGGAGUGCAGCUUCUGGCCUCGCCAAGAUCAUACGGCUACUGCACUAAUGCUCUAGUGAAGACCAAUUUCUUUGUAUCAAGUUUUUUUGAGCCAACCCCACAAACAUUGGCGAUAUUGUGCCGCAUGACGCCUGUCGUGUUGCCAUCCUUUUUUAGCGCUAUACUCAACCGUGCGACGCCACAGGUGCCUCUUCCUGAUCCAUGCUGUUACUUGCCGCCUGUCAGUUCCUCCUGGAGGCGUUUUACUUCCCCAACGGAUUCACCCGCGUUCAGCAGCAAUAGUAAUUCGUUGAUAUCGAUUUCCUCCGAUUUCCUGAAGCCUAAUAUUCAGCGGCGAGAUCUGUUUGCUGGGUUUAGCUUUGUGGUGUUGCGGCAGACAUUGCUCGACGAGAUAGCAUUUUUUGUUGAGUGCGCAAAGGGUUGUGUGAUGCUAGAUGAUUCAUUGAAAACAAUGACCAGCUUCCCUAUUGCUCAUGCACACUUGGUGUCCUUUGCCGAACGCCACAAAGGACACGUUGUAGUUCUUAAAAUGGUAGACAAAGAUGAACUUGAGGAGUUUAUAAUGGCGUUAAAUGAUCAAAAUCUAGUGCAGUGCAUUGAUUAUGAUAAACUGGUACGCUGCGUAGUGCUGGCAGAGCCUCUUUCGUUGACCAUUUACCGGGAUACUUCAUCUGGUUUAUCUAGGCAUGAGUCGAAGACAGAAAAGGGUAAGUGGGACACAGGUGCUGAUCUUCCAAGUAGUCGGAACAGCUCUAAUGGACGAAAAACUGAUGCUAUUCCAGUUUUUCCUAGUCUAAAUUCUCUGGAAGGGAAAGCUAAUUCCGGCUAUGAACAAAUAUCCUCUGCAAUGGCACGGGGAACUGAAAGAUUCGUUGAUACCCAUGGUUGGAUUACCCGUCGGAAUGUUUGCAGUACAACAACUGAUUCUUCAGAGACACUGAACAAUUGCGUUCAGCACUUUGGCGAUACAAUAAUGGCAGGGCGCGUAGCUUCACUUAGGCGAACCAGGGAUGAGAUAGGCGAUGUUGGUGUCAGCCAUGAUCACGCUGGCGAGUUUGCAUGUAAUAAAUUGGAGCUGCCGUUAUACCCAUGCUUCCAAGCGCAUCGCAGAGAAGAUGCUUCGGAUACUGGUGCCUCUUUGGUCCGUUUCGUAGGGGGUCAAUUUUCUAAACAAUACGUCGAAGCUCCAAGUUGCCCCUCAGUAGAGCUUGAUAUGUCUUUCCUUGGUGCACCAGAGACGGAUGCGUCGUCGUCUCGAUUACUGGAUCUUGCCACAAGUGACAUCAUUCCUGAUCGACGGGCAAUAGCACGUAGCUUAGUGGGUGGACGCGAUCCUUUCCAACAUACUUCAUCAUGGUUAAAUUCUGAAGUGCUGGUAGUUGGUGGUGUGGCGGCGAUGGUGGGAACCUUCAACGCGUUUGAUACCGCCGCGCACAACUCUAUUAACAAGAAAAGAGGCACUGUAGUAAAAAAACGUGUCCAAGCAGAGGGGUCUCGAAACGGGGCCUGGAACACACGCCGCACUGCUACAUCGACUGAUACAGGAAUGAACCACAAAUCACUCUUACCGUUCCUUUCUACAUCACACGCACCUUGCAUUAAAACCGAUGCCUCAGCGACGGUUGAUGGUGAUGAACAUAGGUCUGAAUACCAAAACUCAACUUGUGGAGUUUUUCCUGUUGAUUCUACUCAUAAUGACUUCGACAUUUUCGAUAUUGAUGGCAUUUUUUGA